GACACCCAGCACAGCUGAGCGACACCAACCGCGUCCCUCCCGCGCCACUCACCAGAAUCAGUGACCUCCUGUGUGCCCAAUGGCACAGCCUCCCCUGCCACCACUGCUGUCUCUGCUGCCAGACAUGGCUGCCCAGAGAGUAGCCAUCAUCGGUGCUGGCGCCUCCGGCUUGUGCGCCCUGAAAUGCUGCCUGGACGAAGGGCUGACCCCCACCUGCUUCGAGAGGAGUGGGGACAUCGGGGGGCUGUGGCGGUUCGAGGAGAAGCCUGAGGAGGGCCGCGCCAGCAUCUACCGCUCCGUCAUCAUCAACACUUCCAAGGAGAUGAUGUGCUUCAGCGACUUCCCCAUCCCCGACGACUUCCCCAACUACAUGCACCACUCCAAGAUCAUGGAGUACUUCCGCAUGUACGCGCGGCGCUUCGACCUGCUCCGCCACAUCCGCUUCAGGACCAGUGUGCGCCGCGUGGCCAAGCGCCCUGACUUCGCCACCACGGGCCGCUGGGAGGUGGAGACCGAGAGCGAGGGCAAGCAGGAGUCAGCCAUCUUCGAUGCUGUGUUGGUGUGCACCGGGCACCAUUGUGAAGCACACCUCCCACUGCACACCUUCCCUGGACUAGACAAGUUUGAAGGCUGGUACCUGCACAGCCGGGACUACAAGAGCCCGCAGGCCUUUGCGGAGAAGCGGGUCAUUGUGGUCGGCACCGGGAACUCGGGCAUCGACAUCGCGGUGGAGCUGAGCCACGCAGCCAAGCAGGUGUUUCUCAGCACCAAGCGUGGGACAUGGGUGAUGCACCGGGUGGCAGAAGGUGGGUACCCCUUUGACUUCUCCUACCUCAGCCGCUUCACCCAGCUCCUCCAAAGCAUGCUGCCCCUCUCUGUGAGCAACUUCAUGGUGGAGAGGAAACUCAACAUGCGCUUUGACCAUGCUCUCUAUGGUCUGAAGCCGAAACACCGGGUCUUCAACCAGCACUUGACCAUCAACGAUGACCUGCCCAACCGCAUCAUUUCAGGCAGGGUGCGGGUGAAGCCGAACAUCAAGCAGUUCACAGAAACAUCUGCCAUUUUUGAGGAUGGCACUAAGGAAGACAUAGAUGCUGUAGUCUUUGCCACUGGGUACAGCUUCUCCUUCCCCUUCCUUGAGGAUUCUGUGAAGGUGAUGGAGAAUCAGGUCCCCCUCUACAAGUUUAUGUUCCCAGCUGACUUGGAGAAGCCGACGUUGGCUUUCAUUGGCUACAUCCAGCCUCUGGGAGCCAUCAUGCCCAUCUCAGAGAUGCAGAGUCGCUGGGCUACCCGUGUCUUCAAGGGUCUGCACAAGCUGCCACCAGCCAGCACCAUGCUGGCUGACAUCGCACAAACCAAGGACAAAAUAGCCAAGCGGUACGUGGCCAGCCGGCGGCACACCAUCCAGGUGGAUUACAUUCCCUACAUGGACGAGCUCGCCAGCCAGCUGGGUGCCAAGCCCAACCUGCUGAUGCUCUUCCUCACUGACCCCAGGCUGGCAGUGGAGGUGCUGCUGGGGCCCUGCACGCCCUACCAGUACCGCCUGCGUGGCCCAGGUGCAUGGCAGGGUGCCCGGGUGGCCAUCAUGUCCCAGCACCAGCGCGUUGACCAGCCCCUGCGAGGCACGGCCAGGCACCCAGUGCCACGCUGCAGCUCUGUGCCACACAUCUUCAAGGUCUUCUUCAGCCUCGGACUGAUCGUGGCCACGCUCAUCUACGUCUCUCUGUCCCCUUAGCCCCAGUGAAGGGGGCUGCUGGACAUCGCCUUCCUUUCCUUGG